AUGCGUUGGCCCUCACCCACAAACGAUGCUCUGGAUUUUAUCUUGGCCAAGUAUUUUAACUUUUCGCCAGAUGAUUUCAAAUGGGAUGAUGGUCUCCUCUUCAAUAGACAUUCAUUGCCUCUUGUUGCCGGUUGCUCUUUAUUUUAUGUGGUUGUGAUGCUCGGAGGCCAGGAGAUUAUGAAGGGAUACGAACCCUUCCAUCUAAAGAAGCCGAUAUUCUUACACAACGCAAUCAUGUCUAUCGCUUCGGCCAUUCUCUUCAUGUUGAUCUUGGAACCGCUGAUUCCAAUGUGGUUUGAGCAUGGCCUGAAUUACGCUGUUUGUGACAAGCAGGCAUACACUCCUCGAUUGGAACUGUUUUACUACUUCAACUUCCUCUUCAAGCUUUGGGAGUUUAUUGACACGGGCUUUAUGGUUUUGAGAAAACGACCUUUGGAAUUCUUGCAUGUUUACCACCACAGUGCUUACUAUGCUGUAUCGUCCAUCUCCAAACGUCAGAUCUGGUGGAAGAAGCAUUUGACCUCUAUGCAAAUCACCCAAUUUGUCUUGGAUCUUGGCCUGAUAUCCUAUUUGGCUUACAACGUCUUCACAAAUGAAGCCUUCCCAUGGCUUAAAACGGAAUGGGGUUUCCGAACGGUUGAGAACUGUUUUUCAGCUGACCCUAAAAUGCAUGCUUCAGUAGCCACAUUUGUCAUUGGAUCCUACUUAUUGCUCUUCAUCGACUUUUAUGCAAGUUUGAGAGCUUUGAUCUAG